GAAAGGGGGGGGGUGUGGAGAUCAGAGAGAGAGAGAGAUUUGAGGGUGAGAGAUCGGGACAGACUGUGGUGUGAGAGCUGUUUGUGUGGCCGCGGAGGGACAGAGGACCUCUUUCCUGCCGGAGGCUCAGAGAUGGAUUAAAACAGGAGCAAAGGGGGGAUUUUCUGGAGAGAGAGAGAGAGAGAGAGAUCGCUCAGUGAUCAGAUCGCAGUAGUCCAGGACUUGCGGAAUCUUUGCUGCGCUUUUGGUUUCAAAAUUGCUGGAAUUUGGGGGAUUGAACACCGGGAUGGAGUUGGCGAGUGGAUCGGGCGCUCCUGUCCCGCUGUCCCGGGGCCGCUGAUCUGAAGGGGAGAUGGUGGUGUUUUGGUGACUCCAAACUCGACAGAGACAGAGACACAGAGACAGACACAGAGACACAGAGACAGAGAGACAGACACAGAGACGGAGAGAUGCCGCGGACCCGGGUUUGUGCAUAAUGCUGAGCUCCGCGGGGACUUACGCCGUGAAAAAGCGAAAGAAACCGGUGCAGAAGAGCCCGAAGCUCCGGCCUGUGGAUGCCAUCAAGUCAAACCCGUCCAAGCGGCACCGGGACCGGCUGAACUGCGAGCUGGACAAGCUGACCGGUCUGCUGCCCUUCAACGAGGAUGUGCGCGGCCGGCUGGACAAGCUCUCUGUGUUACGGCUCAGUGUGGCCUACCUCAAGGUCAAGAACUUCUUCGGUGCGACCAUGAAGAAGAAGCGCUCUUCCUGGUUGGCGGAGAAAGCGGAGGGUUUCCGCAGUAACGGGAUCUGCAACCCAACCACGUUUCCUGAGGGGGACUUACUGCUGCAGGCUCUGAACGGAUUUAUCCUGGUGGUGACGGCUGAGGGAUUUGUCUUCUAUGCCUCCCCAACCAUCCUGGACUACCUUGGCUUUCAGCAGUCGGAUGUGGUGCACCAGAGUGUGUUUCAGUUGAUCCACACGGACGACCGUCCAAUGUUUCAUCAGCAGCUCCACUGGGCCCUCAAUCCGCCUGCCUUCCAUGAAUCCAAUCCACUGGGGGAUGGGUCCUCAGACAGCCCCUGUAACAUGAUCACGUACGAUCCCCAACGGCUGCCCCUCGAGAAUUCUUCCUUUAUGGAACGAAGCUUCAUAUGCCGCUUUCGGUGCCUGUUGGACAACUCCUCUGGCUUCCUGGUGAACACUGAGUUCCAGGGGCGUCUGAAGUUCCUGCACGGGCAGAAUAAGAAGGCUGAUGACGGCAGCGCCAUACCACCCCAGCUGGCACUGUUCGCGGUGGCUACACCUCUCCAGCCCCCAUCCAUCCUGGAGAUCCGCACCAAGACCCUCAUCUUUCAGACAAAGCACAAGUUGGACUUCACCCCCACGGCCUGUGACAACAAAGGGAAGUUUGUGCUGGGCUACACGGAUUCAGAACUGUGUAUGCGAGGGUCAGGCUACCAGUUCAUCCACGCCGCGGAUAUGAUGAACUGCGCUGACAAUCACGUCAGGAUGAUUAAGACUGGGGAGACUGGGAUGACUGUCUUCAGAUUGCUGACCAAGCAGAGUGGCUGGGUCUGGGUCCAGGCUAACGCUCGCUUGGUUUACAAGGGUGGCCAACCUGACUGCAUCAUUGCCAGGCAAAGAGCCUUAACGAAUGAGGAAGGUGAAGAACAUUUGCGGAAGAGAACAAUGCAGCUGCCGUUCAACUUUGCCACGGGUGAAGCGGUUCUGUACGAGAAUAAUUUGUUCACCUCUGGACUUCAGGAUCUGUUCCAGGCCAAAGGGAAAGGGGUGAAGAUCAAGAACACUUCACUGGAGAUAAACGGUGUUGAUCCCAAUUCGAUCCUGGGUGCCAUCAUUUCUCAGAGUGCGUCUCAUAUAUAUGCGUCUCAAGCGGAUUCACACUCCAAUCCUUCACUCAGUAACACUCUUGAAAAUGACAUUGAGGUUUUCGGUUUACAGGAAGAUUGCUGGCAGUCGGCUAGCAAUGGAGUGACUGCACCUAAACAGGAGUCAGACCUGGAUCAAGAUGAUUCGCUGUCGGCUCUAAUGGAUAUUCUAUCCCAAAAGAAUGAUGAUGAGAAAGAGCUCUGCAAAACGCUCCAAAAACUGGAUGUUGAUGUGGAGAACAUGGAGUUGGAACAAUGGGAAGAGACUUUACUUAAAAUGGAUAUCGGCCCAAACCUCCCAGAUGACCUGAACAACAUUAUCAGCAAUGAUUUUCUAUUGUCCUAUGUUGAGGACGUGCUGGCCACAAAGGAUGGUCCAAGUGUUGGUACUUUCCAGCAGGGCAGGUUGGAUUCUGGAGAAGAAAACUUACCAGAAACUCCCCAGCAGAACUGGUUUGGACAUACACAAAAUGGGCUGGGAUUCAACCGGCAGAAACCAAUGAGGCCAAGCUGUCAAAACUCAAUAGCACAUAGUGCCCAGAACUCAAUGAUGGGUCAACAGAAUGCAAUGCUGCUCUGCCAUCAAACUUCAAUGAAGUCUGGAUCCAAAGCCAUUAUAACCCCUGGUCUCCAAUCUCCAAUGUCAUCCUGUCUCCAGACCCCAGUGACACCUAAUCUCCAGACCCCAAUGGAAUCUGGGCUCCAGAACCCAACAGCAUGUAAUCUACAGAACUCAAUGACAUCUGGUCUCUGCCACUCUAUGUCAUCUUGUCUCCAGAAUCCAACUGUGUUUCGAGACCAGAGCAAAGUAAUGCCUAGUCUACACACUGUAAUGAUACUUGGUCCACAGGACUCAAUGGUCUUUGCCCCAAUGAACUCGAUGAUGGAUGUACAACAGAAGCAAAUAGCACUUAGACUCCAGGGCACAACGGAAGCCAGACCACAGAACAGCAUGGAAGCUAGGGUUCAUAAUCCACUUGGCUCUUGGACUGAUCCACAAAUCCCAUUGUCUCACAGCCCGCAUAAUCCGUUGCAUAUGUCUCAGAACCGAGCCAGACCUGCUCCACAGACGGAGCAACUCAACACACAGCCAACUCCGUCACAACAAGCACUCAGUGAUGAUCCGCAGGGACCUUGGCACCUGGGGGAGAAGGGACAGGCGAGGUUGCAUUCCGCAGCCGACUUGCAGCCAAUGCAGCUUCAGCGCAUGCCGACCUGGCAGAACGGGCAGCCCGAUCUCACACAGCCUCUCCAAGGCCAAGGGUGCCGGCAGCUUCACAUCCCCCAGGCACCGUGCAGGUCGGUCCAGGAACACUUGUCCACUGCCUCUCAGGGCAAUGGAUCAUGCCUGCAGUACAGUUGUAGCAUGGCAUCUCCGCACAGUGCUGUGGCAGGCCAGCCUCAGGCAGGGCAGUGCCCCUCGGUGAGCAACGGCUUCCAGCUGCCGUCAUGCAAGUACGUGAGGGGUGGGUCUCUCCCCAGGAAUGGGUUGUCGUUCCCGGACACCAGCCCCAUUGCUGCUCUGCCCCGGUGCUCCAAAAUGAAACAGUCACCUGAUCACAGCCCCCUGAAGGCGUCCUGCUAUUUUGAGAAGAACGCCGUCAACCUUUUGUUGCACUCCUCGCCUUUCCCCAACGGUGAGGUCAAUGCGCAGCAGCCUUCCUGCCAGUUCAAGACAGGUUUCCCGCCCUUACCUUUCACCGCAGAGUCUGCCUGUGGGAAUGCGACCGACCCAGUAUCGUGGGAUUACAAUGGACAGUACAACGAAAGGCAGCCCGAUACUCUGAUUGACGAGACUGGAUUGUUGGCCUAUUCCACCCUCCCCAAAAGAGCCGGAUUGUUUCUUGAGACUGUGGCCACAGCAAACUGUUAUGAAUAUUAGGAAUGUUGGAGAAUGGACCCAGAGGUGCCCCGGAACUGACUGUCUCGAUCACGUGUCCUGGGAGGAUAAAUCUAACCCAGAACCACGGACAUCUGUGAAAUAACCGUGACCACAGCACUGAUUGUAAACGAGCUGGGGGUCUUCCAUGAACUGAAUUUGUACAAAAUAUAUCAACUUUAUAUUUCUGUAUAGACAAAUGCAGCAUAAUUUUCACUAUGCACUAUGACUGGUAUAUGCAUGAGCCAUUAUUUAGUGUGUUUUUUACCAAGUAAUCGCAGUUCUCACUUUGUCAGGUGGACUACAUCGGCAAGAGACCAUCUGUGGGGGGGAUCCAGCCAUUGCAAAGUGGUAAUAGAGAGACUUUCACUUCCCACGCCAGCGCCCAAAUCACCAUUGUUCAGCAAGUGACAGUAAAGCACUCUGAUACUGUGUUAUGCUAGUUGUUGCAAAAGUCAAUUGGUAUACCAUCAACGCAGCCCCAAGCUGUCUGUGUCUACAUCACAGUGAAUCACACUGUCAAAGCUUUACCCUUUAAAUGUGUAUCCCUUCCUCCCUCCCUCCUAUCCUCCUUGGGAGUGAGGGAAGUAGGGUCACAUGUUUGGUAACAGAAUGUCACAAUUGAGCCUACACUCUGGUAGUCUCUGGUCUGGUUCCUGAGCUCGGUGGGGUAUUCCAGGGCACUGCUGAUGACAGCCCAGCCUGGCUCAUCGGCAGCACUUGGGGGCAGGGACGCUUCCCACUCAGCUACUGUUAACCCUGCAAGCCAAAGCCCCAAUGAAUGCGGUGGUCCAAGUUGAACAAGCAGCGGGAAACUUGCCAGACAGUGAUAUCAAUGGCAA